AUGCUCACCAAGUUCAGCGUGCAGAAUGCGACAUAUUCGUUGAACGGCGCUCUGCGGGUUUCUCCGUUCGGCGAGCACCCCCGCUCGUCUUCGGUGGAAAGCCUAGACCAGGUAGAGCCAAUUGUCGCGGGUGUUCUGGUCAGUAACAUGGGCACGGUGUGUGGGGCAAUGCUCAUGGUGGUGACUGGCGCGGCGUUUGCCGGGUGCUUGUGCUGUCACUCGCGCAAGGCUUUAGACGUGUACGAUCGUGACCAGUUGAUCCGGGCAAUCUCAUUGCCGAGCGGGGAAGGAGCGGAUGGCAAGCCCGCGGCGAUCAAAAUAUACGUGCGCCAAGAGCAGGACAACGCCUUUAGUAUCGUUAUAUCAGACGAUGGUGUGUACAGGGGGUGCGCGGGGCUGAAGAAAAGGCUUUUGGCAAGUAUGAAAAGUGACUCAGAUGUUCUCGAGAAUUCGGUACACAGUAUGUCCGGGUCAGGGGUGCUGCCUUUGGGAACUAGAGAGCUUACGUUCGACGGCGUUCGGUCCUCGACGGCUGACUCUGACGGACCUCACCAGCAUGCAGAACCAGACACACACCAGCGUCGUUCUCCAGUUCCAGUUCCAACUCCGGCUCGAACUCCGGCUCGAACUCCGGCUCGAACUCCGGCUCGAACUCCGGCUCGAACUCCGGCUCGUCGAACGACUGUGGUGGGAUUGGUGGCUUCUCCUGUCCGAGGGGCCAGCGUGGGAGCUACUCCUCGCCGGCAAUUAGCGUUGACGUUGGAAGACUUGGAAGGCUCCUCGAGCACUACGGUUGGCACCACUGUCGAGGAUCGUAGCUUGGUAGCCAGCGAGGUCCCCAGAGGCGACCGGACAGCGUCAAGCACGAGGGCUAGGAAGUCAAUCGGGCGGGACGACGUCGAGGCACCGGCGCCAGCCGCAGAGUGAUGUGGUGUAGAGUAGGCGGUCGGCAGAAGUUCCGACUUUUUGUGCGAUGCCUGCAAGAUUAGUUUGGAGCUGUAGGGCGGGUGGGCCAGGAUUGCGCAGUAAUCUGGUGCUUCGCGCUUGGGUACUGUUGCAUGGGCUUCGCGGUUGUCCCCGUUGCUGCUGU